ACUCUGCAUAGUACGUUUAGUUUUUCUGUACCGUUCGACCUAAUAACACGCAUUAUAAAAAUGAAAAUCUUUUGGUUUAUAGUAUCAUGUGUCAUUGUAGUUGUUUCAACAGAUGUGUUAACGGAUUAUAAAAGAUCCGUCUCCAUUACAACUUACCACUUACACUGUGCUAAUGGAAUGACUGUCAUUAACGGACAAACUGGUUUGGUGGAAAACGCAUUGGAGUAUGUGAUUGAAAAAAUUGUUGAUAAUCCUAAUUUUAGUUUAGAUUUUAUGAAUAAUAUGUUCGCUGUACCUGACUUUAUCUAUAAUAGAAGCUGGACUAAUUGCGAGGAAAUCCAGGACGCGCUACGAUCCCAAAUACGUGAUCACACACAGGUUAUUUUUCCUGAUAUUCCUGACCGAAAUUUUGCAUCAUACCAUUUGGUAGACCUAGCAGAACAAAGAAGAUCUGUUACUCUGGGAGUUUUAAAACGAAUGUGGAACCGGUUAAUAGUUAGCAAUUUGCCUGGUGUACGUUCGACGUGUCGUUUCAUUGCGAUUUUUCUAAGUGCAAAAAACUAUACCCCUCCAUGGUUUUCACGAAAUGUUGUUGUCUCUGGUGGUUCGUGUAAAAUAGAAAGUACUCGAGGAACCAGAGAAUUUAGAAAAGUUUGGAACCAAUGGCACGAAAUCACCACAGGCGGUAUGAUUCCACUCAAACUAGAACCAGUACGAGUUUGACAAUGAAAAUGUACUUUUUUUGUUUUAUUUAAAUAAUAUUUACAUUUUGCACUUAUAUACACUUAUAUACCAAUGUUAUCACUUAUAAUUGUUAAUUUACAAUUUAAUGUAAUUCACAAUAAACAGUUCACGAUUAUAAUGACAUA